GGAUAGUCCCCGCUGCCAGGUACACCACACACACAAUUUACACCAGUUUGAUGAGAUGUAGUGGGAUUUCCACGCUGAAUGUCCUCCCAGGGAGUGAUAGCUGUGCCUUGGUGCCACUUUGUAAAAAACACUAACCUGCUGUGACCCCAAAAUUGUAUGUUGGUAAUUACCGUCAGUGAAGAGGGGGUUUUGACAGUACCUGCUGGGGAGACUAUUCUUAGCUGUGGUCAUUUUUCUUCACCUAGCAUUUUAAACCGUUUUUCAUAAGUUACCAUGAAGAAUAAAUUGGGAUUUGAGGUGCAUAAUAAUGUACAGUAUCUCCACUAAUCAGGUGACGAUAGUAUAAUGGUGUGGUCCCAUGACGGGGGGUUGUUGCUCCUGUUGUACGUGGGUACGGGAAGUAAUUAGAUGCGACGAGAACCAGGUUGGCAUCGUCAUGACUCCGGACAUCUACCACGAGAAACAAAUUAAGGAGUUAUGUGCCCUUCACUCACUGAACAACCUUUUCCAAGAUAGUGGGGCUUUUGCCAAGAGUGAAUUAGACGGCAUCUGUUAUGCAUUGUCCCCAGACAACUGGUUUAAUCCACACAAAUCCCUUCUUGGCACUGGGAAUUAUGACAUUAAUGUAAUAAUGGCAGCCCUUGUUACAAAAGGCUGUGGUGUAAUUUGGUUUGAUAAGAGAAAAGAUCCUCAAGUCAUUGCAUUAGACAAAGUAGUUGGGUUCAUCCUGAAUGUGCCAUCGGAGUACCGCCUUGGACCUGUACAACUUCCAUUGCGUCGCAAACAUUGGAUUGCUAUUCGUAAUAUAAGAGGAAUAUACUACAACUUAGAUUCAAAGUUAGAAACUCCAGAAAUAAUUGGAAAGGAACAAGAAUUAACAAAUUAUCUUCGAGAAGAACUGAGAAACAAGGACAAGGAGUUGUUUGUGGUGGUGACGCAGGAGGUGGAGCAGACACGGGACUGGUGCCUGAUCAGUACCCGUAGCUCAAGUACAAAUAAUGUUGGUGCAAAGGACCUCAUGUCAAAGGGUAGUACAAAUUCUUUAGUCAAUGGUGAAGAGCCACAACCCAUGGAAGCUUUUAAUCCGCCCGGAUUUUCUUACAUAGAUCAAGAACCUCCGGGGAGCGAUAACUGGUCUGGUGAUGAUAUUAUGAAGACAAGUAGUCAAGAAAUGUUAUAAUAGUCAAUGAAUUUUCUUGGUUUUUAAGGGAUGAUUAUUAAAAAGAAUAAAGUCUGGAGACACAAUAUUCAGCCAGAAUCAGGAUUUGGGUAAAGUCUUGAGUGUUUUUGGAUGAGAUGAGUUACUACCUCACUGCCAUAGAAUAGUCAAGAUUUAAAAUACUGUACUGUAAUGAUUUCAAAUUAUUUAUUUAAUAACUUGUGCACAUGUAAAUUUCAUACAUAUGUGCAAAACACACAUACUUAAGACAUACUUAUGUACAUUGGCCACCAAAAGUCCUGUCACCUCACCUGCCUCUUCAUGGAAUCAGAGAAUCAGAGACCUCACAGGUCUCUGAUUCUCUGGAUUCAUUAAGAGACAGGACUUUUGUUGGAGAGUGUAAAUUAUGUGUAUCGCAUAUAUUUGUGCAUACUCAGACAUGCAUAGUAAAACACACAGACAUUCGGAUGAAAAUGUAGCCACACAGACAUACAAACAAAGAUUUAGAUUUUCGUACAUGAGAGCAUUGACAGAUAUAAAUAUAUUUAUGCACACACAAAGAUGGACAGAUUUUUAAUCUUGGAGAUCUAAUUAUUAAACACAUUAUUAACAUUCCUAUUAACUAUAAAAUAUAUUACAGUUGCUAUUGUGUUGAUGUUUAGAGAUCAGCUUUUUAAAAUUUUAUUAUGAGUCUAGAGGAAAAGACACGUAAGUGGAGUAUAUAAUUAUUAUGACUUACCGAGUGUGGUAAGCUGGGACACCAACACUCUUCCCUCCACUCGUGUAUCUGUUGUAUCAACAGAUGGCUACUGUGAUAGAGGUACUUCUAGCCAGGCAUAUAUUAUACUCACAAAUGUACAAGUGAUGAGCCUCAAAAAUGUCUAUUUGAAGACAUUUAUGAUAACUACAGUACUUGUCACUAUGUUCUUGUUUUUAAUUCAUGUCCACUUCCUAAAUAUCAAAAAAGUGGAAUAGGCCUUAUGUCAAAGAUUUUAGAAGUAUAGUAGUUUUAUUAUAUAUAAAUAUUUGAAUAAAGUUUAUAAUCUUCAUUGUAAUUAGCCCCAUUAACAUGAUGCACCUUGUAAUCAAUAGCUGGGGUUGAUGUCUGUAUUCAAGAGAUAUAUGAGCUUAAUAUGGUUAAAAGUGUCAACCUUUGUGCAUAUGCUUCUUUGUCAUCUAAUGGUAUAAUUAUCUGGAAUCAGCUCUAUUUUUUAGGAAUGUACUGUAAAUAUUGAUACUAAAUUUCAUGAUUGUAGUUACAGUACGUAUAGCAUAAAUGAAGACUUGGUUCCAAUCCUACAUUAAGCCCAGAUGUCACUGAACAUGACACCAUAUUUUCUAUCUACUUGUCAAUAUCAUUUAUGCCACAGGUAGGACAUACAUAAUCUUUUUCAGAGAUUGUUAGAUUACAUGGAACCAUUUAAAAAGGCAAAACUAUGAUCUCUAAUUUUAUAGGGUGGUAAUCCUUAGCUGAGGCCAGUUAGUUUAAUCUGGGGGCUUUGACUAAAUGAGUGACCAGCUCUUUAAAUGGUAAAAUUAGCAUCUUUUAUGCCAUCUUUAAUUUUGUAGAAUGGAAAUAUCUAACUGAGGAGGAAGAGUUAGUUUAGGGCUAUGACGUAAUAAGUGACCAAAUUGGGGCACAUGAUGUUCUACCUGCUCUUCCUGGCCAUGGGAUUGAACACGUCUCUUGAGAGUUCAGAAUGACACCAACUGAACCAUGAAACUUCUGGUAUUUUUCCUUGGUAUUUCCUUGUGUUUUGAGUAUGGGGUCUCUUCAUAGCUGUAUUUGUUAUUUUCUGAAUUUUGUAUUUGUACAGUAACUCAAUCGCCAAUCACGGGUUUACCAAUCAUGGUUUUGAAUAUCAAUGUUUUAUAUUUUGUACACCGUUUUACCAACGAUGGUAUCCAAUUUUAAGUACCCACAGGUUUCCAAGGUCAUCACAGGAGAUAUCAAGCCAAGUGUGGUGUGAAUAUAUUUGUUGGAUCAAAUCCUUCAAGUGGUUCAUCAUGUACUACUUAUUUCUCAAACAAAAGUAUUUAAUCUACCAAGGCCAGGUUCUGUUCCUUCUCUAACCGUUUAAAUGUUCUGGAAUACUUAUACUAAACACUGCCUCAUUCAAAAUACUUAAGCUAGUGUAUGGGUGAUAGAUAUUUUAUCCAAAUCUUUAAAAAUAAAUUAAUAAUGCAUUUUUUGGUCUAUUGGUGCACAAGUUGGUUGAAAACAUGUGCCAAUCUUCCAAGGAUGGUUUCAAACUAAAAAGGGUAAAUACUAGAUUUCUAUACAAUAUUAUAUUAAGGUUAAAUGUUUUAAAUAUGUUUAUAAAUAUAUAUAGCAGCAAUCAUUAACCUCAUUUCAUAAUGGUGAUGUUACCGUUAUAAUUACUACAAUAAACCCUCGUUGCAUCUCAAGAAGGGGCCCGAGAAUUAUUAUGAAGUAGUGAAUCACAAUCUAUUUGUCUAUACCGUAUAUUUCAAUAGGAAAUACAGAGGGCGGGACUGGAGCCCCCCAAAAGUAUACCAAAAAUUUCCUUUAAGAUAUUUAUUUCACCUUACUGGACCCAGUGCCAUGCACCUUGCACUCGGUCCAGGGCUGCUGUUUGGAUGAAAGAAAACGGAUACGACGCCAUCAGAUUAGUGAUGUGUCUCUAUCCGUCUUCAUAAAUUUCUACAAUUUUGUUGGGGGGGGGGGGGCUAAAUACCAUA